GUUAAAGCUGUUAAACGCUAAAAUAACUAGUCGCAACUAGUUAGCGGAGGUAUUUAGAAUGAAGGAAUGGAAAGAGGUGGGGGAAAGGAAGCGCAUUUGAACGCACAACGCGAAUUCCACUGGAGUGAUAGCAGGAUCGCCGACAGCACGCGAACGCACCAUGUCUCUCCGUACCGCUACCAGCUGCGGCGGCGGCGGCGGCAGAGGCGCAUUCUCGCCGCGUUCUGUCCAAACAAUGACUCCUACUACGGAGCGGAGGAAAGCACGCCAAUAGAAUGCCUCUGACGGCACCAAUUUCGCCGCUAAUCAGUCCCCUCACUUAACAAGAACAUGUGGAUACCCACGGAGCAGGAAAAAUACGGCGUCGUGCUGGCCAGUUUCCGAGGAACCGUCCAGCACGGCCUCCCGCUGGAAAUCGGCGACACGGUGCAGAUCUUGGAGAAAUGCGAAGGCUGGUACCGAGGAUUCAUCCUGAAGAACCCCAACGUGAAGGGCAUCUUCCCAUGCAGUUACAUCCACCUGAAGAAUGCCCAGGUGAAGAACAAAGGGUACGUACCGUUGCACGUCCUGGCCCUGGUGCACACCCGCACGUCUCAGGAGAGUUUGUACCUUUGCAGCCAAUUCGAGACGGUCAUCCCCGUGGAGGACACGGUCAUCACCGAGAUGACCUCCACCUUGCGGGACUGGGGCGCCAUGUGGAAGCAGCUCUACGUGAAGAACGAAGGGGACUUGUUCCACCGGCUUUGGCACGUGAUGAAUGAAAUUCUGGACCUGAGGAGGCAGGUGCUGGUGGGCCACCUCACCCACGACCGCAUGCGGGACGUCAAGCAGCACAUCACAGCACGACUGGACUGGGGCAACGAACAACUGGGUCUGGACCUGGUCCCCAGACAGGAGUUCAGCAUGGUGGACCCGGAUGAAAUCAGCGUGACGGAGCUCUACAGACUGAUGGAGCAUCGACAUCGCAAGAAGGAGACGCCGACGCCCGCCAGCACGCAUCACUUAUUUGUCCACGUGAAGAGCUUGAUGAGCGCCAAUCUGGGGGAGGAGUUGGAGGUCUUCUUCCACAUAUACGACGGCCGGGAGAGCCGGCCUCUCAGUGAAAGGUUCUUUGUCCGGCUGAAUAAGAGCGGCUUGCCCAAGUCGCCGGAGAAGACGGAGAGACAGUGCACGCUGUUUGUGGAUCUGGGAAGCAGCGACCUGCGGAAAGACGUCUACAUCGUGGUGCACGUCAUCAGAAUAGGGAGAAUGGGCGCCGGAGAGAAGAAGAACCAGUGUAGCGUUCAGUACCGCCGGCCGUUGGGCUGCGCCGUCGUCAGCAUCGCCGAUCUGCUCACGGCCGACUCCAAGGACGACCACCUGCUCAAGGUUUACGCAUGUAACACAGAGAGUGAGUGGCACCAGAUCCAUGAGAACAUCAUCAAAAAGGCAAACUCCAGGUACAACCUGUCCGGAUCCAACACAGGACUGGCGGUGGCUCUCCAGCUCCUCCACGGCGACAUCGAUCAGCUGAGGCGGGAGUACAUGCUUCUGUUCACUCGCGGCGUGUCCAUCACCAGGAAGCUGGGCUUCUCUGAUGUCAUCAUGCCAGGAGAGAUGAGGAAUGAUCUGUACGUCACACUGGAGAAAGGAGAGUUUGAAAAGGGUGGGAAGAGUGUUGCACGGAAUGUGGAGAUCACCAUCUACGUGCUGGAUAUUGAUGGACAAAUCCUUAAGAGCCACAUGGCCGCCGGCUCCGGCGAACCCGGCGCGGACGAUUACCACUCGCUGGUGCUGUACCACAACAACAGCCCUCGCUGGGCGGAGCAGAUCAAGCUGCCCAUCCCCGUCGACAUGUUCCGGGGCUCGCACGUGCGCUUCGAGUUCCGACAUUGCUCAACGAAGGAGAAGGGGGAGAAGAAGCUGUUCGGCUACUCCUUUGUCCCGCUGAUGCAAGAGGACGGGAGGACUCUGCCAGAUGGCACCCACGAGCUCAUUAUCCACAAGUGUGAAGAGAACAGCAAUUUGGCCGACUGCACGCGCUAUCUGAAGCUCCCUUUCUCCAAGGCCAACGUCCCGUCCAACAACCAGACUCUGAAAGGCACCAAGGAGUCUUUCUGGAUCACCAGCUUCCUCUGCUCCACCAAGCUCACACAAAACGGCGACAUGCUGGACCUGUUGAAGUGGCGAGCGCACCCGGAGAGGAUCAACGACAGCCUCUCCAAGCUGAAGGAGAUCGACGGCUCGGAGAUUGUCAAAUUCCUACAGGACACCUUGGACACUCUUUUUGGCAUCCUGGACGAGAGCUCCCAGAGAUACGGACUCAAGGUGUUCGACUCGCUGGUUCACAUCAUCAACCUUCUGCAGGACAGCAAAUUCCAGCACUUCAAGCCUGUGAUGGACACUUACAUUGAGAGCCACUUUGCAGGGGCUCUGUCAUACAGGGACCUGAUCAAAGUCCUAAAGUGGUACGUGGACCGCAUUGUGGACGCCGAGCAUCAGGAUCACAUCCAGCAGGUCCUCAAGGCCAGCGAGUACAUUUUCAAGUACAUCAUUCAGUCCCGCCGCCUCUUCUCCCUGGCAACGGGAGGCCAGAGCGAGGAGGAGUUCCGCGUCUGCAUCCACGAGCUCUUCAUGUCCAUCCGCUUCUUCCUCUCGCAGGAAAACAAAAGCACAAGUCCGGUGGCGCAGACGCAGGCGGUCUUCCUGCGGACCUUCCCGGCGGUUUACGGCGAGCUCCUGAAGAUCUUCACGGUGCGGGAGGUGGCCGGCUUCGUCAGGGAGACGCUGAGCAGCCUGCCCGCCAUCGUCCACGCCGACUGCCCCCUGGAGGCGGUCAAACUGCAGUGCCUUGCCAAGACGGUGGAGGGCCAGCUUUACGUCAACCCAGAAUCGAGGUGCAUCCUGCUGCCGGUGGUGCUGCGCAUCCUGCAGGCCCACAUGCAGGAGCAGAGAGACCUGGUCAUGUGCGCGCGGAUCCUCACCAGCAUGCUGUCGCUCAUCAAGAAGGAGGAGAAUGGCACUUCUGAGCCAAUCAUCUCAGAGGAGGUGGACCUGAUCGUGGAAAGCCUGCUGGGAGUGUUGCUCAGGACCAUCCUGGAAAUCAGCAACCGACCGCAGCCUGCUGGGCCGGCUAUGAGACUGCAGUUCCAGGAUGUCACUGGGGAGUUUGUGGCAUGUUUGCUGGCGCUGCUGCGACAGAUGACUGACAGACACUACCAGCAGCUGCUGCAGGCGUUUGGCAGCAAAGACGACCUGAGGGACUUCCUCCUUCAGAUCUUUACCGUCUUCAGGAUCCUUAUCCGGCCUGAGAUGUUCCCUAAAGACUGGACCGUCAUGCGGCUGGUCACCAACAACGUCAUCAUCACCACCGUCCUCUACCUCUCUGACGCCUUGAGGAAAAACUUCCUCAAUGACAAGUUUGACUAUAAGGUGUGGGAUUCCUACUUCUACCUGUCUGUGUUGUUCAUCAACCAGCCCUGCCUUCAGCUGGAGUCUUUCGCUCCCUCCAAGAGGAAGAAAAUUCUGGAGAAGUAUGGAGACAUGAGGGUGAUGAUGGGCUGCGAGAUCUUCAGCAUGUGGCAGAAUUUAGGGGAGCACAAGUUGAACUUCAUCCCGGCGAUGAUCGGCCCCUUCCUGGAGGUGACGCUGGUGCCGCAGCCCGACCUGAGGAACGUGAUGAUCCCCAUCUUCCACGACAUGAUGGACUGGGAGCAGAGACGCAGCGGCAACUUUAAGCAGGUGGAGGCCAAGCUGAUCGACAAGCUGGACAGCCUGAUGUCUGACGGCAAGGGAGACGAGACGUACCGGGAGCUCUUCAACAGCAUCAUUCCCCUGUUUGGUCCGUACCCUAGCCUGCUGAAGAAGAUCGAGCGCGAGACCUGGAGGGAGAGCGGCAUCUCCCUCAUCGCCACCGUCACGCGACUAAUGGAGAGGCUGCUGGACUACAGGGACUGCAUGAAACUGGGGGAAGUGGACGGCAAGAAGAUAGGAUGCACCGUCAGUUUACUGAACUUCUACAAAACGGAGCUGAACAAGGAGGAGAUGUACAUCCGAUACAUCCACAAGCUGUACGACCUCCAUCUCAAGGCGCAGAACUACACAGAGGCGUCUUACACCCUGCUGCUGUACGACGAGCUCCUGGAGUGGUCUGACAGGCCGCUGCGGGAGUUCCUCAACUACCCCAUGCAGAGCGAGUGGCAGCGCAAAGAGUUCCUGCACCUCACUAUUGUGCAGAACUUCGACAGAGGCAAGUGUUGGGAGAACGGCAUCAUCCUGUGCAGAGAGCUGGCGGACCAGUACGAGUCCUACUAUGAUUACAGGAACCUCAGCAAGAUGAGGAUGAUGGAGGCCUCCCUCUAUGACAAGAUCAUGGACCAGCAAAGGCUGGAGCCGGAAUUCUUCAGGGUUGGAUUCUAUGGAAAGAAGUUCCCCUUUUUCCUAAGAAACAAGGAGUUUGUGUGCCGCGGCCACGACUACGAGCGGCUGGAGGCCUUCCAGCAGAGGAUGCUGGGCGAGUUCCCGCACGCCAUCGCCAUGCAGCACGUCAACCAGCCCGACCAGACCAUCUACCAGGCGGACGCGCAGUACUUGCAGAUCUACGCCGUGACCCCCAUCCCCGAGAGCCAGGACGUGCUGCAGCGAGACGGCGUGCCCGACAACAUCAAAAGCUUCUACAAGUUCAACCACAUCUGGAGGUUCCGAUACGACCGUCCCUUUCACAAGGGCACCAAAGACAAGGAGAACGAGUUCAAGAGCCUGUGGGUGGAGCGGACGACCCUGACCCUGGUCCAGAGUCUUCCCGGCAUCUCCCGGUGGUUCGAGGUGGACAAGCGAGAGCUGGUGGAGGUGAGCCCGCUGGAGAACGCCAUCGAGGUGAUCGAGAACAAGAACCUGCAGCUGCGCACGCUCAUCACGCAGUGUCAGAGCCGGCAGAUGCAGAACGUCAACCCCCUCACCAUGUGCCUCAACGGGGUCAUCGACGCCGCCGUCAAUGGGGGGCUGGCACGCUACCAAGAGGCCUUUUUUGUCAAGGACUACAUGAUGAAUCACCCCGAGGACGGCGAGAAGAUAGGGCGCCUGAGAGAGCUCAUGUUUGAACAGGCUCACAUUCUGGAGUACGGCCUGGCGGUCCACGAGAAGGUGGUCCCCCAGGACAUGAGGCCCCUGCACAAGAAGCUGGUGGACCAGUUCCAUCUCAUGAAGUCCAGCCUGGGCAUACAGGAGUUUCCGGCUUAUGUCCGUGCAAGCCCGGUGCACUUCACCAAUGGAAGCCCGCGUACGUGCAGGAACUCGGUGCCCAGCAUCAUCAGCCCGGACGGCGGCAGAGUCGCCGCCAGACGAAGCCUGCGCAGCUACCCGGCGGUCAAUCGCUACUCGUCCUCCUCGCUGUCCUCCCAGGCGUCCAACGAGGUCAGCAACAUCACGGGGCAGUCGGAGAGCUCGGACGAAGUCUUCAACAUGCAGUCUUUGUCCCAUGUACAGCCCAGUCCGUCUACCUCGAGCCUGAGCUCCAACCAUUCUGCCUCGCCCAACGUCACCAGCUCAGCGCCCUCCAGUGCCCGAGGUUCGCCGCAGAUGGCGGAGAAACACAAGCAUUCCAGAGAGAACGCCUGCCUGUCUCCCAGAGAGAGGCCUGUCAGCGCCAUCUUCCCCAACCCUCUGGACCCCACGCAGAGGGCGGCUCCUCAUCACAUAGGUGAUACCACUCUACCCCGCAGUGACCCCAACCUCUCAGCUCCAGACAAAGUGCGAGCCACGCCCAGUAGCUGGAGCCUGGACAGCGUCAAAGAGGGCGUCAUGUCCUUCUCUGACCCUGUCGGCAAGCUGCUGUGUCCUCCCAUCCCUCCCAGGCCGCCGUACGCAGGCUCUUCGGCGAAAAACAUGCGGUCCCAGUCGCCCGUCCUCAUGUCCAGGUCGCCGCAAAAGAGCACGGUGCCCCCCUUCACGCCGUCCCCCACCGAGUGCCACUCGUCCAGCCUGAUGUCCAACUCUCCUGUCCUCUCCGGCAGCUACAGCAGUGGCAUCUCCUCCCUCAGCCGCUGCAGCGUCUCCGAGGCGUCGGGCACCGAGCUUCCCGCCGCCGGCGCCGGGGACCCGCCCCCGCCGCCGGCCUCCGCCCCCGACGAGCCCGUGCGGCGGGAGAACAAGACCCCGCCCCCGUACAGCGUCUACGAGCGCAACAACCCGCGCCGGCCCGUGCCGCUGCCCCACAGCCUCUCCAUCCCCCCGCAGGCGGAGCCCCCCGCUCUGCCCCCCAAGCCCCACCAGCUGCGCACGGGCAGCAUGAAGCUGGACGCCACCUCGGACCCCCGUCUGCCCAGACCCAGGCCCCUCCCACGGAAGGUGUCCCAGCUUUAGGCGGCGCCGUGACGGAACACACUGGCAUUAUUUGCACUUUUUGGGCGCUCGACUUGCUUUUUCCUCAUCGCCCAGCAGACUUUUUGAUGAUGCUUAGUCAGCCAUCUUUGUUAAUACAGCUCGGCCUUAAGUGGGAAUCUUAUUUUGCUACACUGUAUGGUGCUGGAGGAGGAGGAGCAUGCACUUUGACUCAAGUGUCGUGUCGUGCUCUCUUAUCCACACUUUUGACUUUACAGGCUCUCCUGGAAAAAAACAAACGGUCGCCCCUCUCGUAGGCUUUUGCACUUUUCUUACCAGGACCAAACACACCACCGCUCAUUCCUGCAUGCUCCGGAGCCUGCAUGACUUACUACUACUAUUAGGGAAAAGUGUCAAUUGGUGCCAAGGAACCCCCAAAUUCUACUGUCAUUUUAAAGCACAAUCCUCUCUAUCGACAAGUACUGUUACGUAUUCGCCAAUUGGAGUUUCAAAAAAAGUCACGUUUUUUUUUUGUACAGUUUAAUUUUUGUAAGCUGUUGAUACGAAGCCCCUAAAAGGACAUGGGGGAAUUAAAAAAAAAAAAAAUUGUAUUUAUUUAUGUAUCGCGUGCGCACGAGAAACUUUUUAUAAAGUUAUA